AUGAUUUGUCACUACGAUACUUUAAAGGUUGGCAACUCAAAUACAUUGGAAUAUCGUAUUUAUGUUACACGAAACGGUACCCCUAUUUCAUCUUUCCAUGAUAUACCUUUGUAUUGUGACUCUCGAGAGACUGUCCUCAAUAUGGUCGUCGAGAUACCUCGAUGGACAAAUAACAAGCUUGAGAUCACCAAAGACGAGGUUUUGAAUCCCAUCAAGCAAGACAAUCAAGGAAACAAGCCUCGAUAUGUCCGAAACUGCUUCCCUUAUAAAGGAUAUAUUUGGAACUAUGGAGCCUUGCCUCAAACAUGGGAAGACCCUAAUUUUACCCAUCCUGACACUGAAGCAAAAGGUGACAACGACCCGCUGGACGUUUGCGAGAUUGGAGAAAGAGUUGGGUAUCCCGGAGAGGUCAAGCAAGUGAAAGUCCUCGGCAUCCUGGCUCUUCUAGAUGGCGAGGAUACUGACUGGAAGGUUAUUGCCAUUGAUAUUAAUGACCCUUUGGCAUCUGAGUUUAAUGACAUCGGAGACGUCGAGGUUCACAUGCCUGGACUUCUCCAAGCGACAAAAGAGUGGUUUCGGCUUUACAAGGUGCCGGAUGGAAAGCCCGCAAACAAAUUUUCCUUCAACGGAGAGUACAAGAAUAAGGCCUAUGCUAAUCGAGUCAUCGAGAAAUGCUCUCAUGCCUGGUGUCACCUUAUCUCGACUCAAGGUCAUGGAAUUGCCGUCGCCAAUACAACUAUAGAGGGAUCGCCUGGCUAUGUAACUCAUAUUACUCAGGGUUUAAUUCCCGAAUUACCUAUUCAACAACAGCUAUCUCCAGGCUCAAUUGAGAGCCCCAUAGACAAGUGGUAUUUCAUCAAUGCGGCCCAACUUUAG